AGUGACUCGGUCCAUACACAGAAGAAGAAUUUAACAUCCACAGUUACAUCCACCACUAUGAACUAAGUCACCAGCCUAGUUUAACUUAACUAACAGCAGAAAUGUGGAGGCUAAAUAAAGUUCGCCACAAAGCUGGUCGGCAAGGCGACAGCUUGGAGGAGCUCAGGUUAAAGAGACGGGAGCACGAGAAAGCACUGAGACAGGCCCGCAGAGACAGACAGCUGGUGAGCAAGAGACUCCUGCUGACUGAAGAUGAGGAGCAGUCAGAGGUCACCAUGGACACAACCUCAGGAGAACAGGACGUGGUCAGUUUGUUCCACAAACUUCAACACAGCGGGCCUGAGAGGGAGGCACACCUGAAAGCACUGAGUAAAGCUCUGCGCGACCCAUCAGCACAGCUGACCUUCAUCAAGCAGGAGAAUAGUAUGCAUCUGCUGGUCGGUCUUCUCACUGGAUCUGAUGCUCAGUGCCGUCUGCAGGCUGUUCAGUGUCUUCAUAAGCUGUCACACUCUCCCCACACCAAUGUGGCCCCAGCUUGUCUGCCUGCCACCCCUUACCUGCUCACCUACCUGUCUGGCCAGAGCACCAAGUUCACUGAGCUGUGUCUCUACACGCUGGGUAAUUUAUGCCCAGACAGUGAUGCUGUAAAAGAAAAGCUUCUGGCCCAGGGAAUCAUACCAGCUCUGGCUAGUUGUAUAGAGAACCAGAGAUAUAAUCUAGCAGUGGUGGAAGCGGUAGGGUUCACCCUCUCUCAGCUUCUCCAGGCCAAAGAUGCAGCAGAGAAAAUAAUUCCGAUGGUCCUGGCCUCCAGCUUACCAUCAAGCUUGUUAUCAGUCCUGACUCCUGACCCGAAGUUUGGCCUGGCACCUGCUAUUGAGUGUGCGUGGUGUCUGCACUACCUGGCAUGCAGCAGUGAGUAUAGCAGAGAGCUGCUGGCUCAUGGGGCCCUGUUGCAGUGCAGUUCUCUGUUACUGUCACUAGGUGGUGCUGUUGCUGAAGGAAACAGAGAAGAAGGACUGGAGCUGCUUGUCUGUCCUUUGCUGCGGUGCGUUGGAAACCUCCUGUCCAUCUGCCCAGUGGACAGCCUGAGCAGUCAAGUGGGUGACGUCCGACUUGUGGUUUCUCUGUGUGCUCUUCUUCAGACCUACAUACACACCCAGCCAGCUUUGGCCAGGGAGACUGCCUGGGUCCUCAACAACCUCACAGCUCACUCCAGUGCCGUCUGCUCUGCUCUGCUGACUCUCAGCUUGGUCCCUGGACUGAUCCAGCUUCUCCCUUUCUCUCAAGGCAUCAACACAAUGGUCCUCAGGGUUCUUGCAAAUAUUGCACACAAAAAGAAGGAGUUCUGUGUCCAGCUGGCCCGGCUUGGAUUGCUGUCUACACUCUGUGCAACACUUAAAAUGGCCGACCAAGAAAUGGUGACCCUGAGUCUUGAGGUCCUCUUCGUGCUUUUAGUUAGCAGGCCACAGGUAGCAGACGAGUUUGUGAGGCAAGGUGGCGUUUCACUGUUAGAAGCCAUUCAGUACAACAGUGAAGGAGAGAUGAGGCAAAGGGCAGCAUACUUACUGGAGCACCACCUACUGUCAUACCCAUCUGACUGCACAGCUGACAACAUCCCGUGUUCCUGAGCAAACAGGACAGUAUCAAGUUUACAUCUAUGACGUACAGUGUGUCACCAUGAGGACACGCCUGAUGAUACAGGACAAGUUGUUUAUAUUUUGACUUGUGUACAUUUUGCAGUCUGAAUAAUGCUGACAGACAGAUGCUGUUUUUAUAUUUAAAUCCUGUGUUUUGAUAACUGUAAAUAUGAUGAAAUAUGAUAUGUGUUUACCAUUGGUUAUCAGAGUUGUUACCAAUGGUAUUUUAACUGUAAAGAUGAAGUAUUUUUUAAUACCUCUAUUCUUAUAGUCAUUCACAAACCUUUACAUCAAAUUGUAUUUAUAUACAGAUUUUGGGCCACUAUGGUUUGAGAGACUGAAGACAAAUUACUUUAUAUUUUUGCACAUGGAGGUCUGUCCUCUGACAGGAAAACACACACUGUAUUUAUAACUGUAGAGGACUGAUUAAUAUGAAAACUGUAAAUGUCUAGACUGAGGAUGAUGGUGAUGAUGUGGGAUUUUAGAUGUAUCAUGUGUUUUGAACCAAUAAUGCAAUGCCAUUAAUGUUUGUAAAUUCAUCAAAUAAAUUAAUAAACAGCUUCACAAACAACA